GCGGGCAGAGCGGCACAGGCUGUGUGUGCAGAGGAGCUGCUGGCUCGCCUCGGGCUGUCCCUGCGUGCCCUGGGCUGCCCGAGCCCCUCUGACAGCGGCACCAAAGCGGGGCGAAACGGCCGAGCGCGGGUGGAGGGUUUGGGGAGCCCAGGCCCGGGCAGGACCCUGUCCCGUCAGGAUUCAGGGAAGGGCUCUGCAGUGCUUGGUCAGGCAGCCAGUGUUCCCAGGAGCAGAGGAACAAGGGCUGGCUGUGGGCUGAUGGGCCGGGAUUUUGGGUGGUCAUGGUGAAGAUGAGCACAAGCAGUGCCAGGGCAUGCGGGAAGGCGAGGGACUGGUAUCUGCUCUGUGCCUCUGACAAACCGCUGAGAAGGGGAGAAGUGCUGCUGUGGCUGGGCGCUUCUGCUUCCUCACCUUGCUAAGUUUUGCUACCGAGUAGAUUUACAUGUCAUUAACAGGUUGUCUACUUAGUGCCAGCUGCCCUGACACUGCUUGUCAGCAUCAACCCUUCAAUAACAGGUAUGAUAUUGGUGUGCAAAGCAGUCUCUGCUCAAAUUUUACCCUCAAAAGGCUGUUUUGCUUUUUAUUUUUUUUAAUUUAACCAUUGAUUAAAGUCAGCCUGUGUGGAAACACAUCCUACUACCUUCUGAGGGCAAAAAGCUGCAAGACCUAUUUCUACAGAAGCUGGUUUUAGUGUUGGUGGCUGGACAUGCUGCAGACAAUGGUGUUUGGAGGAGCCUCUGUAACCUUCAUUCUGCUGGCUGUGUUGUUGGGACCAUUGCCUUGGCUUGCUCUUUGUUUGCUUAUGCUCAAGGAAACAUUUUUCACGAAGAGGAAGGCAGUGAUCGCUGUAGGUCCAGAGGAAUCAGACCAAAGAGGAGGGACCAUAAUGCUCCAAACCAGUGACUCCUUGGACGCAGGGAGAGAGUUGUUUGGUCUGGUGAUUAUUACAAUAUGGAUGAGUCUUUGUCGCAGUUCAGCAAAGAGUCCCCUGGGAGGAGUUCGCUUGGUUGCUGCAGUUGUUGUUGCCCUCUUCCCUUUUGUUUCGUGGUUGUACAUUUAUGUGAACAAAGACAUGCGAGAGUCUUGGCCAACACACUGCAAAACAGUGAUGUAAUUGGGUGGAAGUCUACAGUAACUGUGCUGACCUUACUGCCUUUGGUUUUGGUGCUUAACGAAAGGUGAGUGUUAGUUUGACAGGACCCAAAAAUACCUCACUGCUUCCAGCAGUGCCAGCUGAGAUUUGGUAAAAUGUUGAAGAACACUGUCAAAUCUGAAUGGAAAAUUUUUCUAUGGAAACUGUUCACCUUGCUGCUUCUUACAUUUUCCAAGCACCAUUGAUCUAAUGUCUGUUCUGAUGGUAUAUUCAAGAUAUCAUUGCAUCCCUGGAUCCCUCUCCAAUCACCUCAUCAUUUGGGAAAUCUACUAUUUUGUAAUAUAAGGGACAAAUAAAGCAAAUACUGUUUUAAUAAAUGACUCUUUACAGCCACAGAACUUUCAAAAAUGUGCCUGUAUAAUCCAUUUCAGACUUACCGGAAAAUUGAGCAGUCUGUAUUUCUGUCCUAUGCUAAAAUCGUAUGUGGAAUGUAUCUGAAAAAAAUAUUUUUUGCUAUUAUCUUUAACUGAAAGUCACUGGCUUUACUGAGUAAUAAACACUAUUUUUUUAAAGAAAA